AUGGCCCCUUUCCCCCCAAAUCCUGGUGGAUAUCCGGGUAUCCCCAGGGAUACCCGAGGGCAAGAGGCUGAGACCGGCGAGGUACAUGUACUUCGCCGGCUGGACCCUAUCGUCGGCGUCUCAGCCUCUGCCAACUCGAACCAGAUCACCUCUGCCUAUCGGAAGGCUUCCUUGAAAGUGCAUCCAGACCGAAACCCGGAUGACCCCCUGGCAUCAGAGAAAUUCCAGGCCUUGCAGACUGCAUUCAAGAUCCUCCUAGACCCCAUCAAACGAACAGAAUUUGACGCCAAGCGAGCCACACAAGCGGCCCGAACCGCCCGCUUUGCCGGCUUGGAUAACAAGCGGAAGGCACUGGCGCGUGAUCUUGAGGCUCGUGAAGAGGCAAAAGCCGCGAAGAUUAGAAAACUUGAAGAGAUCAACGCUGCUGGUGCAAAGCUACGCCAGGCAAGGAUGUCGGAACUCGCUGCUGCUAUCCCCACACCUUCUACUCAACCUGCUGAACCAUCCCCUGUCCAAUCAACCUACCCACCCGCUGCUCCCGUGGAAACUUGCAACACUCUGGAAUGCACGUUGCGAUUCAAAUGGACUAGGAAGAAGCUCCCCGACCUCAACACAGUCGAAGAUCUAUCAACUUGAAUCUGUUCCUGUGAUCUCAUCAAGACCUCAGACAUAGAAUUGGUCGUCAUCUCUACAAAGAACUCAUCAGAGUCAGGUGCCUCCAGUAAAAUAGGAUCAGCAGUUGUCUGCUUCAAAACAGUAGCACUAUGUAAUCGAUUCUUCGACUUUGCUCAAGCCGAUCCCAAUUGGACAAACUGUGCUGUCACUAGACUUUACUCAAGCUCUUGAUUUUCCUUUGUAAACGUUAGGAUUAUGUAUAAUAUUUGAGCAGUUGGUAGCAAACCAGGCUGCACCAUCCCCCACUAACAAACAUGAGCAACUUUGCUGCAUGAUUUUUUGGAUCCUAGAGCUCAAAAUGCAGGAGAAAAUAUGUGAAAGAGAGCUACCUCUUAUUGCCAGUCACCUCAAUAAGCUAUGUGAGCUGCAGCACUCCGUGGGUUGUAUUCAAAUCAAAUGUUAUAAAAUUCUUUUACUUUUUGAAAAAAACC